GCUAAGGGACUGUCUGUAGUGAGAAGGACCAGCCCACAGCUCCUGCCAGAACCCAACAUAUCCCCAGUUCUGAGAGCAGCUUAUCCCACUGACACUGGUAGCAUCAGCUGGACCCUGAGCAGCAGGAGAGCAGCAGCAGCAGCAUCAGGGUAAGGGAGCUUAUCACUACCACCGCACCCUAUUCCUGCACACACCACGCUGCACACUCUGCUAUCCGGGCUGGGGGGCCUCACUCAGUACUAUAGCAGGAGGAACAAGACUAACACCCGGGAGCCCACUCAUUACCUGACUUCACCCUGGGUUUGGAUGCUGGAAGAAGCGCUGGGGCUCUGUAUAUGGAAAUUGUGGGGUGCCGAGCAGAAGAAAGUGCCUAUUCUUUCCGACCAGCAGCCAUGCUCUUCCACGGGAUAACUGGGGGCCACAUCCAAGGGAUCAUGGAAGAGAUGGAGAGAAGGUCUAAGUCAGCAGAUAACCGCUUAGCCAAAAGUAUCCAGGUCAAUGGCAGAGAAACAAGAAUGCCACCACUCAGCCCGGAGAAGCCAGCUCUGUGUGCCGGAUGUGGAGGGAAGAUCUCUGACAGAUAUUACCUCUUGGCUGUGGACAAGCAGUGGCAUCUCCGAUGUCUGAAAUGCUGUGAAUGUAAACUGGCCUUGGAAUCAGAACUGACUUGUUUUGCAAAAGAUGGAAGCAUAUACUGUAAAGAGGAUUAUUACAGGUACAGCACUGUAAGGUUUUCGGUGCAGAGGUGUGCUCGUUGCCACCUUGGCAUAUCAGCUUCAGAAAUGGUCAUGAGAGCAAGAGAGUCGGUGUAUCACCUAAGCUGCUUCACGUGCACCACAUGUAACAAGACCCUGAGUACAGGAGACCAUUUUGGGAUGAAGGAGAACCUAGUGUACUGCCGGGCUCACUUUGAAAUCUUGGUCCAGGGAGAUUUUCACCCUCAGCUCAACUACACUGAGCUCGCAGCCAAAGGUGGAGGGCUGUCUACACUUCCCUACUUCACCAAUGGGACAGGUACAGUGCAGAAGGGAAGGCCACGGAAGAGGAAGAGUCCAGCUCUGGGAGUAGACAUCAUCAACUAUACUUCAGGUUGCAAUGAAAAUGAUACUGAUUUGGACAGAGACCAGUCAUAUCCUCCAUCUCAGAAAACAAAACGGAUGCGUACCUCCUUUAAGCAUCACCAGCUCCGCACCAUGAAGUCGUAUUUUGCCAUAAACCAUAAUCCAGAUGCAAAGGAUUUGAAACAACUGGCUCAAAAAACAGGAUUAACCAAAAGGGUCCUGCAGGGAGAACAAUGUUCGGGGUUUAACAGCCAUACAACCCGGCGUUUGAAAAUUCCCUAAAGUAUUUAAAGAAGGGGAAAAGUUUGAUCGGAAAUCCUACUGCAGUGAAGACAAAGACAAAAUUAGCCAAAAAUUAAAAAAUACAAUACAUAUAUAUAAAAAACAAAAACUCUGUCAUUUUUGAAUGUUGAGAAUUGCUUUUUUUUCCUCAAAUGUAUAAUUGGCUGAUAAUGAUUAUAAUGUUGUGCCCUACUCAGACAGGCAUAACACUUAUUCAUUUAUCAGUUUAAUUUUCAAGAUUCAUAGACUCAUUUAGAACACCAUAAAAUAUGUAUAUACACAAUGGAGCAACCUGGCAUUAAUGAAUCCUAUACAGUUUUGAAUGCAAACUUUAUUAAUGAUUUGCCUGAAUUAAAGCACAAUAAAAUUGUUGAUAUAAAUGUAAAGGAAAACACUUUAUAACAUGCUUGCAAAUAUGUAUUCUGAAGAAAUGUGAUUUAUCCACAAUAUCUGUUUUGUUAAUUUUUCUCCAUUAUUUUCCUUUUAAGGGUCAGUCCCAUGUAGCAACAAUAUUAUUUAGUGUGUUAUAUUCAGUUGUAAUACAAAAAUCAAUAAAGGCACAUUAUUUUUAAUACACAAAAUAGCUAUGAUGUGGUUAAUUGAUACUUAAAAAUAUGCAAAGCAUAUAUUUAAAUAAUCAUUGGUAUAUCAUUAUAAAUUAGUGUAUUUUCACAAGGAAGAAAUAUUGAGUAAAUCCAUGGAAUAUAUAUGAUUAUGUAAGUUAUUUAACAAUUCUUCCAAAUUUUAUUUGAAAAUGUUAACAUAAAGUAAACAACAUCAGUUUUGAAAUUAUUUUUUUAAAUUCAAUCUGCCAUUAAAAGAUUAAAUAGGAUUUCAAGUCAUUCAUAAAGGCACACUACAUGGGACGGCUCUAUAAAACAGAAAAACAAAGUCUGCAUGAAGUUUUAAUACACGUGUUCUCUAUUUGUGUGAAUAAAUUUAUUUGAUGUUUGCUGUAAAAUAAAGGAGUUUUCCAAUAAUAAAUUCAAUACAGAUACAGUGUUGAAUUAUUAAGUAUUACAAUUCACAAAAACACCUCAGUACUGUACCUUUCAUGAAAGUAACAAAAUGUAAUUACACUUCACCUUGAUAUUUGGGAUAAUGCUGUAUGUCUUCUAAAAUUAAAUUAGGCAUAAUUUCAUGUCUUGUUUUACUCUGGAAAGUUUACUAAGCAGCUUUUUAUUUUGCAGUUUGCAAAGCACCACUAAUAAGAUUACUCUCCAGUGGUUUGAGAGCAUAAACUCAAACUGCAUCCAGUGUAGGCCAAACUACAUUAGGUUUAGGCAAACCACAUUGUGUUUAGGCAAACUACAGUAUGUGGUAAAAUCCAUUCUUCCCUACUUCUGACAAAAAGCACUUCAGGGAUAUUAUGAAAACAACACCAAUACCUUUGAGCUGUGAGUUAGGACACACAUAGAUACAGCAGCACCCCACCCCCUUGCCCCCUCUGAAGUGAGCACAUUACAACUUAAUUUUGUUGAAACUGACAUACGAGUGCAGCGUUGAAGAGGACAUACACUGCAUCAUAAAAUUGACUUACAUUUAAAUGUACUGUAAAUUAAUCCUUAAGCAGUUAUAGUUUGGCAACUGUAAGGGCUGGACUGGCCAUCUGGCAAAUGCCAGAAGGGUCUGAUGGCUUGAUGAGUCAGUCUAUCUUGGCCAGGGGUGUAAACCAUACAUGCCAACUUGUUUGCUACCCCCUCCCAGAGGGAGCAACAAGGUCAUCUCACCAGAGGGCCGGGCUAUGUUGAUUUGAUUCAUGGAGAAUUGCAAAAUCACUGCGGCCACUGGCCCUCUCGGUGUGGCAGGUACAAGCGGCUGCGGGGAGGGGGGUCUGGUGGGGUGCGAGCAAUUUACAUCUCAUUUGCUCACUUAUCCGCAUGGCCAAGAGAGCAGGCAAGUAUGGCGUAACUAGAUCUUUGGGGGCCCCAUGGCAAGAGUUCGAAAGAGACUCCUUGCACUUCACAAGAGAGACGGGCUGUUGGGGUUUAAGAGGUAAUGGGGAUCAGAACAGUAGAGAGGGGGCGGAGCCUGACUGUGAAUGGCGGUACAAGGGAGGGUGGAAACUGAGCUUUCAAUUAUAUAUAUAUAUAUAUAUAUAUAUAUAUAUAUUGAAACAGAAUGGUCCACACUCACGUAUCCAAAGUGCCGGGCUACUGGGGUAUCAAUUCUAUAAGAAAGAAAAACGAAACCUUGGCAGAUAGAGAGAGGAAUUGGGGUGCACUCACCAGUCUUCAUUAUUUAAUUUAUUGUUUAAUCCAUCAAAUGUAUAUAUAUAUAUAUAUAUAUAUAUACAUGCAUUUGUGGGUAUACCUUCUAAUGAAGGCACCAGAGCAAGAACUGAUUACACAAUAGUACCCCCAAUUCAAAUUACAUCGCACAUUAGUGCUCCUUAUUCACGUUACACCACACAGUAGUGAUGCCCCUUAAACCAUUUAUGCCACACACAAUAAUGGCCAUUGCACUACAUUAUACCCCACACAGUAAUGCCUAUUACACCCCACACAGUAAUGCCCAUUGUGCUACAUUAUACACACACGCAGCCUCCUGACGAAGCUACAUGCGCAACUAGUGAGGCGUGGCCUGCUAGACGUACCCGUCUCCAAGCUGACCACCGCUGUGCCUUCUGCCUGUGUUGGUGUCCCAACGAGCCGUGGCGUUGUCCUGUAAGCCGCUAGUGUGGUGUGAGGUCCCGGUUCCCAGAGCAGCACAGCUCUUACCAUCAGGGAGAGAUUGGAGCAUUUACUUUGUAUACAUCAUGUGGUAACCAGUCCACACGGGUGAGAACCUUGGUACGAGUCUCAUUCAUUUAAUGUGGAUUCUGUGUCACAGUGAUCCUAUGUGUUAAUGUGGAUCCUCUGUUAAAGGGAUUUUACCUGUUUUAAAUAAAAGUGAUUUGCACUA